AUGUCCACAGACCAUCUUAAAAUUAAAAUUAUUUCUCAUCCCGUUCCAGAGCGCUUAUUGGAUGAGUCGAAGAAUCCGAAGCCACACAUUCAUUCGAUCGAGAGGUACAAAGAACUCUAUCAAGAGAGUAUUGCUAAUCCCACAGAAUUUUGGGGAAAGCAUGCUAAUGAAUUUCUUCAUUGGGAUAAACCUUUCGAAAAUGUUUUAUCUGGUGGUUUUGAGCACGGCGAUGUUUUUUGGUUUAAAGGAGGAAAACUGAAUGCAUCAUAUAAUUGUGUUGAUAGACACGCUAUCAAAGAUCCCAAUAAGGUUGCCAUCAUUUACGAAGCUAAUGAACCCGGUCAACAUCGUAGUAUCACUUAUGGCCAGUUGUUCCGCGAUGUUUGUCGUUUUGCCAAUGUGCUAAAAUCUCAUGGUUUGAAAAAAGGCGACACAGUUGCCAUAUACAUGCCCAUGGUACCGGAAGCCGUCGUCGCCUUUCUGGCUUGUACUCGUUUGGGGGUUAUUCAUUCCGUGGUCUUUGCCGGUUUUUCCUCGGAAGCCUUGAGAAACCGUAUCAGAGAUGCGGACAGCAGAUUUGUCAUUACCGCUGAUGAAGGUCGCCGCGGUGAUAAGACCAUUCAUAUCAAAAAGAUCGUCGACGCUGCGUUGAAGGAAUGCCCUAAUGUUAAACGUGUUUUCGUGUUUCGCCGUACUGGCUCCGAAGUUCCAUUCGAUUCCUCAAGAGAUUUAUGGUGGCAUGAGGAAAUUGAAAAACAACGACCUUACUGCCCACCCGAGAUUAUGGACUCGGAAGACCCUCUUUUCCUACUUUACACCUCCGGUUCUACCGGCAAACCAAAGGGUAUUCUUCAUACCGUCGCUGGUUAUUUACUAGGGACGGCAGUGACUUUUAAAUAUGUAUUCGAUUACCAUGAAGGUGAUGUCUAUGGUUGUAUGGCAGAUAUCGGCUGGAUCACCGGUCACUCCUACAUCGUCUAUGGCCCAUUGAUUAACGGUGCAACCACCGUAUUGUUUGAAUCCACCCCUAUAUACCCCACACCAUCGAGGUACUGGGAGACCGUAGAAAAACAUAAGAUCACACAAUUUUAUACUGCACCAACUGCCAUACGACUAUUACGAAAAUACGGUCGUGAAUAUGUAGAUGGUCGCGAUCUUUCAAGCUUGAGAGUUAUUGGAUCUGUAGGUGAGCCGAUCCAACCCGAAGCUUGGGAUUGGUACAACGAGGUAGUCGGAAGAAAUGAAUGUGCGGUGAUUGAUACUUAUUGGCAGACCGAAACCGGUUCGAUUAUCGUCACCCCAUUUCCUGGUGCCACAGUAACAAAACCCGGUUCCGCUACCCUCCCCUCAUUUGGUAUUGACCUUGCCAUAUUGGAUCCGAUCACGGGAAAAGAAUUGGAAGAAACCGAAGUCGAAGGUGUAUUGGCCAUUCGUCAGCCAUGGCCUUCAAUGGCACGUACUAUAUAUAACGAUCACGGACUAUACCUUAAAACAUACUUUCAACACUACAAAAAUUAUUAUUUCACCGGAGAUAGUGUUGGCAGGGAUGCCGACGGAUACUAUUGGAUCCGAGGUCGUGUUGAUGAUGUUAUUAAUGUAUCUGGACAUCGUCUAUCAACAGCUGAAAUUGAAGCUGCUUUGAUCAUCCAUCCAUCUGUGGCCGAAGCUGCUGUGAUUGGUAUUCACGAUGACAUAACAGGUCAAUCUGUGCACGCGUUUGCCACUCUCAAACAGCUUCAGGAAAGUGUUGACGUAAAAGAAUUGUCGCUCCAAGUAAGCAAGGGAAUUGGAUCGUUUGCAUCACCAAGGAAAAUUUAUAUCGUUAAGGAUUUACCAAAGACUAGAAGCGGAAAGAUUAUGAGGAGAAUUCUGAGGAAGAUUGUUAGUGGAGAGUCGGAUCAAUUGGGUGAUUUGAGUACUUUGUCAGACCCCUCAUCAAUUCCGAUUUUAAUCGAAACUGUGAAAAAUUCAUAA